AUGGAAGACCAGGGAAUGGCAAAGAAGUUCAAUACGGAUUUGACCGACUACUCCGUCAGGCACUCUGAGAAAACGGUCCCGGGCAUCUUCAUGCUCAAGACGCUCCGUGACCGAGGCUACAAGGUCGUCGUCUUCGAGGUGGGUAACGACCUAGGCGGCACUUGGCGCUGGAACUGCUACCCCGGAGCCGGGGUCGACUUGGAGGUUCCCGAGUACGAGUUCUCGUGGCCAGAGGUCUGGAAGACCUGGAGCUGGAGUAGCAACUACCCAACUUACAAGGACCUCCGGGCGUACUUUGACCAUGUGGACAAGGUCCUCGGCGUCAAAAAGGACUGCUCGUUCAACACGGUCGUCGCCGCCCGCCGCUACACCCCCGACUGGCCGGGCAUGGACGAGUUACAAGGCGAGCUGCACCACUCGUCCUUCUGGCCCGAGCAGCCGGUAGCCGUGGAGAGCGAGCGGUGCGCCGUGAUCGGCACCGGCGCCUCGGGCGUGCAGAUCGUGCAGGCCUGGGGCCCGACGCUGCUCAGCAACGGACCGUCGACGGUCGAGGUGCAGGGCCGCUGGAUCGCCGACAUGAUGGACAAGAUGUCGAGGGGCGGCAUCAGGUACGUGAACCCAAAGCCCGAGGCCGCAGACGCCUACAAGAAGAAGAUCGUCGAGCUCAACGACCGCGCCCUCUUCCCGACCACGCGGUCUACGUACAUGGGCGGAAGCAUCCCCGGCAAGAUCUACGAGCCUGUCUGCUGGGCGGGUGGGAUCCCGGCGUAUAAGCGGGAGAUUCGGGAGGCUUUGGAUCGGAUGGAUGGGUUUGAGAUGGUCAAGGGCUGA